UGAAUUCGUGUCGUAAUCCAAACGUCAAGACAACAAGCCAAAGCUCAAAUCAUGCCAUGACGUUCACAAGUGAAAAGGCAGUUGAUGGCUGUAUUAAUCAGAACUUUGGAAAUAAAUGUUGUAUUCAUACACAAGCAAACCCUUCACUGUUGGAAGCUUGGUGGCAGAUUAACCUUGGUGGUCCAGUAGUUAUUGAACUUGUGAAAAUAUACAGAAAUGAUGUAGUCAAAGAACGAUCAAGCCGAUUUGGUGGCUUUCAGAUAUACCUGUCAAAUACAACAGAUUGGAGAAACGGUGACAACUGUCAUAGAGAUACAACAUCUACAUGGCAAUCGAUGGACCUUGCUCCAUCUAUUCAAUCGUGUACAGGCAACACAAUCUACCUGACUAUCUAUGUUGAUCGACGAGCAAACAAACCUUACAGUUGGUAUUCUGGUUACGCUAUCCUCGAACUCUGUGAAGUCGAAAUUUAUGCUUGUGUUGAUGGUUACCAUGGCAACAAAUGUGACCAACCAUGUCCUGAUCACUGUAAGGAUAACGUAUGCAAACAGGGAAAUGGAACAUGCAGAGGAUGCAAAUCGGGAUUCCACGGCACAAUGUGUAACCAACGAUGUCCCGCAAAUUGUAAGGAUGACCGGUGCAAUCAGUUUCUUGAGAAUUGUGAAGCGUGUACUAUUGGCAACUACGGAAUCGAGUGUAAGAAGAGAUGUGGUCAAUGCAGAGGAGAUGGAACGUGCAAUAUAAACGACGGCGCAUGUGAAUGUAGUGAUGGCUGGGAAGGGGAUACUUGUAACAAAAAACAGGCACAGGUAUCAGCCACAGAAGAUCAGACGGCAGUGUAUGCUGGGGUUAGUGUAGGAGUAGUUACCGGUCUUGCCGUCCUCGUUAUUGUGUUGAUCGUACUUCUGCGGAGGUUUGCUUUAUUAUUAUUGAUGUGA